AUGCAGCCGCCUCCGAUGACCUCAAACCCGUAUCCGACAUACUACAGGCAGGCCGGAUGUGUCAAGCUUGUGCCGGUCAGACUGUAUAGCUGCCUCGAUCGAUUUCCAAAUACAGGUGCGCAUCCUGAUAUCCGCAGUUGGGCUGGCUGGUCCGCAAGGCACUGCCCCUCAUGA